AUGGCCCCCCUCGUUCCUGUCUUCUCCGCCGAAUCUCUCCCGGAUCAUGUCAAUAUCGUGGGCAAAAACUUCCAAGAAAAGCGUCGCAAGGGUCCCCCCAUUGAUCUGAAAGAGUGUCAGCUACUUGAGAUGGUUCAAUAUUCUUGCAAUCCGCCUCAGGAUGGAAUUCCCCAGCCUGGAAGGGUGGUGUGCAAGCCGAUUGUGAGGUUAUUCAGACGUUGUGCUGGCGGAGUUACAGUUGAAACGACCUCGUGGGAACCUAUCAGGCAGGCGAAGGAGCUAGCAGCACAAACACAACAGAGUGUGGCAGCAGAAACGAAUACGAAAGCCUGA